CACCAGGAAGGUCGGUGGUGUGUUGCACCACGCAAUCCGCUUCCCUUCAGAUUCUCUUCGCGUAAAUCGCCCCCGAGAAAUCGUUGCCUCGAAAGGCAAAAAUUUCAGUUGCCGAGUUUUAUUUCCUUCUGCUGCAUCGAAAGCAGAACCCACCCAGUGACUGCGGUUCCAAUUACCAGACAUAUACGCGCUACGUUGUUUAAUCCUUCGCUUCUCUGCCGCUCACUCCUCGCGAUAGAGAGAGAGAGAGAGAGAGAGAGAGAGAGAGAGAGAGCUGCUAUGGAAUUUGAGGUGAGGGUUGUUGGAGGGAUGGAGAGCUGCUUCGUCUCUCUCCCUCUCUCUCUCAUCCAAACCCUCCAAUCAACGCAUCUGGGCCUUCUUCCACCGAUUCUCGCACUCGAGCUCCGGUCUCGCCGCAGCAGCGACGAUUGCUGGCAUCUGGCCUGGUCGGGCUCAGCUUCCAAAUCGUCGGCUAUCGAGGUUGCUCAACAACUAGCGGAAUGUAUUUCUCUACCUGAUCGUUCUGAAGUACAAGUGAGAGCAAUUGCUAAUUUGCCCAAAGCUAUACUAGUGACAAUAGAGCCUAGUACUGAGGAUGACUGGGAAAUUUUAGAGCUUAACUCAGAGCUUGCAGAGGUGGCCAUAUUAAAACAGGUUGGUAUUGUCCACGAGGGGAUGAGGUUUCCUUUGUGGGUGCAUGGCCACACAGUCAUUGUGUUUUCUGUGGUUUCAACUUCUCCAAGUAAAUCGGUAGUGCAACUUGUGCCCGGAACUGAAGUUGCAGUUGCGCCGAAGAGACGCAAGAAAGAUGUGGAUUCAUAUCAAGUAGCCCCCAAACAUACAUCCGUAAAAGAACCACCUGUGCCAAAAGCACUCUUGCGUGUUCAAGCACAAAACAAAAGAUUGGUUCACAGAAUUGAAGUCAAAGGUGUUGAGCUGGGCAUAGUGCUCACUUCCAUUGCAUUUAUUCAUUCUGAAACAGCUAAGAAUCUUUUGUUUGAUAAUCUUCAAUUAGUUAUUGUGUUCUCAAGAUCAACUGUCAAUGAUAACGUGCAAAACCAAAAAAAUAAUACCCUGAGAAAAAUGAGCAAUUUGUCUGCUAACGAAAGGAAUUUGGAGGGUUCAACAAUUAGCAAGGGGGCUCCUAGACAUGCGAUUGUUCGGCUUUUACUUUCAGACUCUGUAGCAAAAGGACAUAUCAUGCUUCCUCAGUCUCUUCGCCUUUAUUUGAGAGCAGGCCUACAUUCAUGGGUUCAUGUGAAGAGAUACAACAUUACUCCCAAGAUGAAUAUUCCUUUGUUGACCUUGUCUCCUUGCCGGUUUAAGUUUGGGAAGGAUAACCCUCUUGAAAACAAUCGUCUUGAUAUUCCUGCGAGCCGAAAAGCCCUAAAGAGUAAAAGCACAUUUCUGAGGACUGAUUUGGUUGCCAGUGCAGAUGUAAUAGAUUGGUCAUUUCACGAAGAGGUCCUUGCUUCUCUCUCUUCUGGCUGUCCUAAAUAUGAAGGCGAAGAGGUCAUGUCUAAAUCUGUAACUACAAAGGGAAAUGAGUGUCUUAUUACUGCUUGGUUUAUUGGACAACUUGAGGCAAUUCGAUCAUUUACUGGUGGAAUAGAUGCCAACUCAAUAGUUUUAGGAAAUGAAACAUUGUUUCACAUCGAAGUGACUGGUCGGAAGUUUGGAAGCAUUACAAAGGAACAGACACCAUCUGGUGAUUCUCUAGAGAAGAGAAACAGGGCUGGAGAACCUCCAGUUGAACUUCUAUUUGUAUUGACGGCUGCUUUUGAGGAGUCUUCUUAUGAUGUCCAGCAUGACUGUUACGAGCUUGCUGCUAAGGCAGGAAACAUGUGCAUUGAUAACCUUGGAGGCUUGGAGCUCACACUUGGGAAGUUGAACUUUGGCGAACCUGCUUCUUUUGAUUCUGUUAAAGAGAAAAGCUCAGAAAGAAGCUUCAGUUUGACAGUCUCUUCUUUGAGCUGGAUGGAGACAGCUAUUUCAGAUGUCAUUAACCGUUUGACAGUGCUUUUAUCUCCAAAUUCUGGAAAGUGUUUCAGCGAUUUUCCUUUUCCUGGACAUGUUCUUAUUUAUGGACCUCCAGGUUCUGGAAAGACGUCAUUAGCCAUGGCUGUUGCUAAAUAUCUUGAAGAGCAUGAAGAAAUCUUGGCACACAUAGUUUUUGUAAGCUGUUCCAAACUUUCUAUGGAGAAGGCCCUGACAAUUCGUCAAUCACUUGCUGGUUACAUAUCUGAAGCUCUUGAUAAUUCUCCUUCCCUUCUCAUCUUUGACGAUCUUGAUAGUGUUGUUUCAUCUUCUUCUGAGCCUGAGAGAUCUCAACUUUCAACUUCCGUCACUGCACUUGUUGAAUUUUUUAAGGAUAUUAUCGACGAAUAUGGGGAGAAGAGGCCAAGUUCUUGUGGCAUUGGUCCAAUUGCACUUAUGGCUUCUGUGAAGUCUCUUGGGGAUCUGCCGCAAUCCUUGAGCUCUUCAGGGAGGUUCGAUUUCCAUGUGCAACUGCCAGCCCCAGCUGUCUCAGAACGAGGAGCCAUAUUGAAGCAUGAAAUUAAUAAACGUUCAUUAAAAUGCUCUGAAGACAUCUUGUCUGAUAUUGCUUCCAAAUGUGAUGGAUACGAUGCAUAUGAUUUGGAAAUAUUGGUUGAUAGGGCCGUCCAUGCUGCUGUUGGUCGCUAUUUGUCUUGUCAUGAUGUCUUGGAAGAAUGCGUAAAGCCUAUUUUAGUAAAGGAAGAUUUUUUACAAGCAAUGCAUGAUUUCCUUCCAGUUGCCAUGCGUGGUAUUACUAAAUCUGCUUCUGAAGGUGGUCGUGCAGGGUGGGAAGAUGUUGGCGGCCUUACUGACAUCAGGAAUGCUAUUCAGGAGAUGGUUGAAUUACCUUCAAAAUUCCCUAAUAUCUUUGCACAUGCUCCUUUAAGGUUAAGGUCAAAUAUUCUCUUGUAUGGCCCUCCUGGAUGUGGCAAAACUCACAUUGUUGGAGCUGCUGCUGCUGCUUGUUCCCUAAGAUUUAUAUCAGUGAAAGGGCCUGAGCUGCUGAACAAAUACAUUGGUGCUUCUGAGCAAGCUGUUCGUGAUAUAUUCUCAAAAGCAGCUUCUGCUGCACCUUGCCUAUUAUUUUUUGAUGAGUUUGACUCUAUCGCACCAAAGAGAGGGCAUGACAAUACUGGAGUUACUGAUCGUGUAGUUAACCAGCUUCUAACUGAACUAGAUGGUGUUGAAGCCCUCACAGGUGUAUUUGUGUUUGCUGCAACUAGUCGACCAGAUCUACUUGAUGCUGCACUAUUGCGACCUGGAAGACUUGACCGCCUUCUGUUCUGUGAUUUUCCAUCGUGGCGUGAGCGGGUGGAUAUUCUGACAGUUCUUUCCAGAGAGCUUCCUUUGGCUAGCGACGUUGAUCUGGAAGCCAUUGCUUCCAUAACGGAAGGAUUUAGUGGUGCUGACCUCCAGGCUCUUCUGUCAGACACACAGCUUGCAUCAGUUCAUGAGCUUCUGGAAAGUGGGGAUGUUGAUAAACCUGGAAAAAAACCAGUAAUCAGUGAUGUGCUUCUAAAGUCUGUUGCUACGAAGGCAAGGCCAUCUGUUUCAGAAGCUGAAAAGCAGAGACUUUAUGUCAUCUACAAUCAAUUCUUGGAUUCAAAGAAAUCCGUCGCUGCACAGGCAAGGGAUGUGAAGGGCAAAAGGGCGACUUUAGCAUAACCUGGGCCAUCAUCCUGUGGUAAACAAGUAACGGGAGAGAAGGAAUGAGUGGCUGGCAACCUCAAGGUUGGAACUCAAAUAAUCACUAUCUGAUGGAGAUGAGGCUUGACCCCAUAUUUCAGUUGUGGGCAAAUACUAAACCAUAUACAUUCAGCUCUCUGUGAGAAAUGCUCAUAGGUGUCUCUUUGUACUGUCAGAUCUAUGUGGCAAGGGAGCCUGCACAGUUGCUUGACACAUCGAAGACUGGACACGUCAGAAACACUUAGCCCAUCAACUUUGCUGUAAGAAAUAAAACCCUUGCAGACCUGGUCUAGUUAGCAUGGCUGCAUAGCUCAAGCAGAUAAGGCUAAGAUCAGAAACCGCCCUGCCAAAAGCAUGGGAUCCCCCUGUGGGUAUUGGUGGGGUUUAUGUGGGCAAAAAUCAACCACAACCAACAUUCCUAAGAUCAACACAUGUAACACGGUUUGCAGACUGAUGAUGGUCUUGGAGCAAGAUGUUUUAUGUUUGCAUACCAUUUGAAACAUUAGAACUAGAACAUCUAUGAUGUAUCUAACAUGGGCAGCUUUAGACAUUUUUUGCCCUUGCCAUUACAUAUCAUAGGGAAUAAAACUUUGAAUAUUCAAA